CGUGCAGUCGCACUGACCACCUCCGUCAGUCGCGCCGCACCUCGAACUUUCUGUCGCGACACUCAACGUCACCACCACCGCCGCCAUGCCCGUUCAACUCCUUCAACGCCUUGUACGGCCAUCAGUCUUUGCGCAAUCGCCUCUGGCUGCUGCGCGCGCCGCUGCGCCGCUCCACAAUGCCUUCGCUGGCCUCUCCCUCGCCCCUACACCAGCAUCGCGCGCCAACAAAUGCACAUUGAUCCAGGUCCUGCGGCAAGGAAGGAUACAGCAGAGGGUGCGAAAGUUGCGAUCGCCGCAGCUUGCCAACAGACCAGAACUCAAGGGCGUGUGCUUGAAGGUCGGCACAACCAAGCCCAAGAAGCCCAAUUCUGGCGAGAGGAAGAUUGCUAGGGUGCGUCUGAGCACAGGAAAGGUUAUCACAGCAUACAUCCCUGGAGAAGGCCACAACGUGCAGCAGCAUUCGGUCGUGAUGGUGCGAGGAGGGCGUGCGCAGGAUUGCCCUGGUGUGAAAUACCACUUGGUCAGAGGAGCGCUGGAUUUGGGAGGUGUCGGUAGCAGGAUUACAUCGAGAUCGAAGUACGGAACAAAGAAGCCAAAGAAGGCCUCCGCCGAGUAAGAAAAUGUACACAGACAUGUAUAUUCGUGUAACAUAUUUGGCAUCAAUGGCGUUGAAAUUGGAGGUGGCUACGAGCUACGCUGAUACAUCCACGGAAUCUUGUACGAAUGUCACUGAAGUUUAUCCCACGUCAAUCAAAACAUGACUUUCUGGCUUCUCUCGCGUCCGAUGUGGGUGAGCAGAAGCAUCACGAGGCC